GUGAUGGAACCUUUGGAGAUGGAGCCCCAAAUGAACAGACUCAUCUUUGGGUAUCACAGAAGCUCAACAUCUGAUGAUGAUUCUGGCUGUGCCUUGGAAGAAUAUGCCUGGGUUCCACCAGGUCUCAGGCUAGAACAGGUCCAGCUUUACUUUGCUUGUUUACCAGAAGAUAAGAUUCCUUAUAUUAAUAGCCUUGGAGAGAAACAUCGGAUUAAACAACUUUUGUACCAGUUACCUCCACAUGACAAUGAGGCGAGGUAUUGCCAAUCUUUGAGUGAAGAAGAAAAGAAGGAAUUGCAGGUGUUCAGUGGUCAGCGUAAAAAAGAAGCACUUGGAAGAGGAAUGAUUAAAUUUCUUUCCAGAGCACUAACACAUACAGUCUGUGAACAGUGUGGCAUAAAGAUAAAUGCAGGUGAAAUUGCAAUAUUUGCCUCUCGAGCUGGACCUGGAAUAUGGUGGCAUCCUGCCUGUUUUGUCUGCUUUACAUGCAAUGAGCUGCUAGUUGAUCUCAUCUAUUUUUACCAGGAUGGAAAAAUUUACUGUGGUAGGCAUCAUGCCGAACUGCUCAAACCACGCUGCUCAGCUUGUGAUGAGAUAAUUUUUGCUGAUGAGUGCACAGAAGCUGAAGGCCGCCAUUGGCACAUGAAACACUUCUGUUGCCUUGAAUGUGAAACUGUCCUUGGUGGACAAAGAUAUAUUAUGAAGGAUGGUCAUCCAUUCUGCUGUGGUUGCUUUGAAUCCCUCUAUGCAGAAUACUGUGAGACCUGUGGAGAACACAUAGGUGUUGAUCACGCUCAAAUGACCUACAAUGGACAACAUUGGCAUGCCACAGAAGCUUGCUUUUCCUGUGCACAGUGUAAAAUUCCGUUGUUAGGUUGUCCCUUUCUUCCCAAACAAGGACAAAUUUAUUGCUCAAAACCCUGUAGCCUUGGAGAAGAUAUUCAUGCCUCAGAUUCCUCAGACUCUGCAUUCCAAUCCGCGCGAUCGAGAGACUCUCGGAGAAGUAUCCGUAUGGAGAAAAGUAGUCAAACAACCGAUCAGUGUAGACAGUCUCUGCUCCUCUCCACUGCGCUGAGCUCUAAGUUCCACCACUUUUCUGACAAUACUGAAGAAACCCUUUCUCAUAAACUGAAUGAUCUGAACCUCUCACACCAAGGAGUGGGUUUUGUCAAUAAAGAGUUUUGGGAAGGUGAAGGAAACCAGGAAACACUAGAAGACUCUGAAGAAUGGGCAAAGCACGAAGACUAUAUGACUCAACUGCUUCUCAGAUUUGGUGAUAAAGGUCUCUUUCAGCAGCCUAGAGAAAUGGACCUUCAAUCCAGUGAGCAGUGGAUAACUGAUAAUAUGGUUGUAAAGAAGACCGACUUAAAGCAAAAUAAGCAGAGCCUCGCAAAUGAAAAGUACCAGUCAGAUACGUACUGGUCACAGUCACAGGAUGGAUUGGGUGAUUCUGCUUAUGGUAGUCACCCAGGUCCUGUUGGCAAUAGAAAACUCCAAGAAUUGAAUAUGGAGCACGGAGCUUCUGGAUACAAUCACGAUCAAACACGUUGGUAUGAAGAUCCUGUGGAGUGCUUGUCUGACUUGAAAAAAGAACAAAGUGACCUGGAUUCUAUGGAUUCCUUGACCUCAUCGAAUAUUAUAGGGACUUCAGUAGAUGGAGAAAGCAAGUCAAGACCUUCAUUAUAUUCUUUGCAGAACUUCCAGGAAAUAGAAAGAGAAGAGUGUGAGAAAAUGAGCAAUAUGGAAACUUUAAAUUCUUCUCUGCUCCACAGAACCACCGAAUCCUUAAAGAGACUCAGCUCUGAAUUGUAUCCAGAAAAGAUACUGGCUGAAGAAAAACACCGAUCAGCACACCUGCCAGUAUUGAGAAGAUCCAAGUCUCAGUCUAGACCCCAAGUGAAAUUUUCAGAUGAUGUUAUUUAUAAUGGAAACUAUGAGAGUACUGAAACCAGCCAGCCACCAAUGAGUGAAAGGACUAGGAGAAGAGUUUAUAAUUUUGAGGAAUGGGGACCACGGCCUCAUCCUCAUCGUCGCAGGAGAAACAGGAAAUCUUGCUCAGACAACGCGCUGAACCUGACUACAGAAAGAAAGUACUCCCCUAAAGCUAGGCAUUGGUAUUAUUCUCCAGAGAACUAUGGAAAGUUUAUCCAAAAUAAAAGUGCUCACGAGCUCCCUGCUUACAUGCAAAAUGCUGAGCUCUGUAGACAGUAUGUUCACGUUACUUCAGAUUAUGCAUCACAGAAUCAGACGGCUGAUAAAUUUAUCAGACUUUAUGGUGACAAUGAUUCGUCAUGUUCAACCUCUUCUUCUGAGUCGGAAGAAGAAGGAUACUUUCUUGGGCAACCCAUUCCUAAACCACGACCACAGAGAUAUGCCUGCUAUACAAAGGACCUCUCCAAUCCAACACUGGAAGUACUUACUCAGUAUGGACAAAGGACAUCAAAAUCCAAAGGGAAAAAGGGACACAAAGGCAAAAAUUGUGUUAUUUCUUAACUCAGUAGUUAUGGAAAACAUGCAUUUGAACUCUGUAGUUGGCAGGUAGAUUUAAAUACUUUGCCAACAAAAAUGGUAACCCAAGUGAUCAUACACAUAUUCAAAAAUAGUUUGUCCAGCUUCAUCUCCUUGCAUGUUACCAAGUUUAUAGGUUAUCUCUGAAGGACUACAGGUUUUUCAAUUCAAAGUAAUAAAUCGUUGUUACAUAGUAUUUAAACUCACUAUAGAGAGGGCUUUCAUUUUAAAAGAUGGAGAAAUAAUAGCCACCUUCAUUAAACAGUAGUUUUAUUUUUCAUUAAUGUUAUCCAAACUGGCUUAGAUCUUGAUUGCUUUGUUUUAUUAUGAAGCAUGCAUAUAAUUAGAACUGACAGAGAAAAAAAAUGGUCCAUUAUAUUGUAUAAGGCCAACUGGAACCCUUUCAACAUUUA